UCCACACUCUCACGAAUCAAACAAACACUUAAGAUAUCCUUCUCCCCUGUUUUUGAGAAAAAGUUUCAGAGCAAGUAACAGAAGAACAGAGCAUAAUGGCCAUAAGAAAAUCCACUAAGCUACCGCAAGCAGAAGUGAUAAAGCAAAUAGUGAGAAGGUGUUCGAGUUUUGGAAAGAAACAGGGAUACGAUGAAGAGGGUCUUCCAGAAGAUGUGCCAAAAGGGCACUUUGCAGUGUAUGUUGGUGAAAACAGGACAAGAUAUAUUGUCCCAAUUUCAUGGUUGGCUCAUCCACAGUUUCAAACUCUUCUCCAAAGAGCUGAAGAGGAGUUUGGCUUCAAUCAUGAUAUGGGCCUUACCAUCCCAUGUGAUGAAGUUGUUUUUGAGUUUCUUACCUCAAUGAUUAGAUCAUAAUUUACCCUUCUCUCAAGUACCAUUUUCUAAGCACCAAAUAACAUUUUUACUUUUGCUUUUCUAAUUGUAUAUAACUUCCUGCAUCUCAUUUCAUUUCUUAAUUAGAUUGCCACUUCUAAAAACUCAGUUCUACGUUUAUUUAAUCUUAUUUUUAGCUUCAAAAACUCAAUCCCCUCUUUAUUUUCACUCUGGUUGAAGUCAUUGGCUUCGUAAAUGAAAAUUGAAAGAUGUGUGAUUAGUUUUCUCCCAAGAAGAGCUUAUUUCAGACAUUCAAAUGUGUGGUGCGUGAAAGAAUUAUUGGUUCUUUCUCAUUCUUUUCAAAGUUGCAUGGCUGAGUUUCGAUGCCACGAUCGAUGUUACUAAUGCCGAUGUGACAACAACACCUGUAAAGUCAAAUACAGUUUUCUAAUAUAAUGUUGUAUUUUAUAAGCAUUUUAUUUAUCCACACCUGCUUUCCCGUAAUAUCCCACCCUCGAAACUCAUACAUAUGAAAUGAAGCAAUAAUUUUAUUAUUUUUGUUAAAAGAAAAAUUAUCCAUGAAUUUAAAAUGGUGAUUUACAUCUC